ACCCCCCAUGAGACAUAUGUGAUGUGGACCGCAGAUGAGCUGAUGAACUAGCAAGAAAAGUCACAUUCUUCGAGAGUUUGUAAGCAAAAGAACACCUAGUAUACAAACUGAAGUUUUUUGGAACCAUGAAGUGCAACAUGAUAGUAUUAGUUAGGAUAGCUGUCCUCUGGAUGUUUUCGUUUGGCGUCCAAGGCUGGGUAGCUCCAGACUUUUGCCGCGGCUCUGAAUGCCCUGAGUUUACUCUCGUGCAGAAGAUUAAGGAAUUUGAGGAACGUGCGUAUUUUGCAAGCCGAUGGAUAACCACCGAAGUUGCAAGCGCGAAACAGGAUGAUGUGAAGGCUGGCUUUAUGAGGCUAUACCAGUACUGCAAGGGACAGAAUGAAGGAAGCGCAAGUGUCACCACAAAGACGUGGCCUGCAAUAAUCACCAUAACAGAGGUAGGGUCGGCGGACGGAGAUGUGUCGGUGUCUUUCUUCAUUCCCCCCGGCACCGUCCUUCCAAAGCCACAUGACACAACAAUCAGGGAGGAAAACAUACCUGCUCGAACGGUUUAUGUUAAGAUAUUUGGUGGUUUCCCAUCAUAUUCUGCUGCACAGGCCAAUGUGAAGCAACUACGGGAUGAGUUGAAUGAGGCUGGGAAAGCCUUUGAGCUGCAUAAGUACACAGGAGCAGGAUAUCAGAGCCCAUGGGAAAUAUUCAACCAUCACAAUGAGGUCUGGGUCGAGGCUGUAUAAAGGGAAACAUAGAUUGUACUUUCUGUCUGAAUUCAACCCAAAAUGAUCAUAUUGCAUUUCUUUGACCUAAUAAGAUUGUUUUGGGGCCAAUGAGUCUCUUCGAGAUGAGAAUCCAAAUUAUACAAUUUUGAUCGACAGUCAUAUCGUCUUAACACAAAACAACUCUUAUCUUUGUUCUAUUAUUAAUGGGUGGUGCCUAAAUGACCUUUCUAUGGUUAAGUUGAUUAUGUUGUUGAAAACAUGUUUGAGAAUGUGGUGCAACAGCAUUAUUCAGCUUUGAUGAAAUCCACAUUCAAUAAAAAAGUAUAUUGUUUAA